UAGCAGCAGUUUGACCGCUUGGAGAAGAAUGGAAAGCGAAACCUAACGUGUUCUCUGUCAAGUUCGCAACAUUCCGCGCGUUUUCUUUUUCCCUUCAUUGCUGAUUUUACUUUCCCCAACACGCUUUCCAAAUGCAAUAAGAUAGUCUCAGGAUCUCGUGUAGUGGAGUUUGUGGACCCGAGAACAUUUGCGGACCCGAGAACAUUUGCAAAAGGUGUACGGAAACAAGAAGUUGCUCGAGUGUGAUCUAGUCUAAAUCAUGUUCGGUUUUCAUGCGGAACAGUGUUUAGUCAGUGCACGAGUCUGGGCCUCAUCUGUGUCAAGUUUAAUUAUAUUUUGCCUUCAGUUGUUUUUCAGAACAAGCGUUGCACAGACUAAACCUUUGGUAUCUUUGUGACAUUACAUCCAGACUGCUGUGACUAAAGCGUGCACACAUUCCAUUCAUCAAGCCCGACGCUACGCCUUUCUCGCCCCCCACCCCUGCGCUAUGAGCAGAGGUGGAAGAGGGUUUAAUAAAGAUAGCCAGCAAUUCUCCCACCCUCCCCAACAGGGAAAACCUCAGUUUCGUUCUUACGCAACCACUCGUCACCCGCGGGGCCCUCGUGUCCCAAGUCCCGACUCUGUAUCUGGCAGCUAUCCGCAUCCUUCCUUUUACUCCAGUCGCCCGGGUGCUCCUGGCGUGCCUCCACGUGGUCGUCCUUUUCCCCCUAGCCCCUCGAAUCCACCCCUGUGGGCAUCCCCCCAGAACAUCAGUGAUCAGAUCUCUGACUCGAAUGGUGUAAGCUUCCGCCAACACCAGGUGCAGUUCCUCAGGGGGCAGAGUGCACAGGCUCCGCAGUUCAAAGCACCGCAGCAGCAAGGGUCCCAAACCUCUGGCCGAGGGGAAGAGGUCUUUACUAGGCCUAUCCAGUACCAGGCAGGUUAUCGUGACUUCAAAACAAGUGGUAGCAAUUUUGGAAGAAGAGACGGCUACGGCGGAAGCCGAGGAAACUGGCAAAGGGAACAGAACUUUAGAAAUACACCAGGACCUAAGAGAAAUCCACAGUGGAAUCACUAUCUCCAGAGGGGACAGUAUUAUCCCAAUCAAUACACUAAGCACUACUGGAAUACACAGGCAGAUGAUGUGUCCUCAGGCCUUCGUAGUCUGAGUUUGAGUGACCGGGUAACAAGGGUAGACACCUCUGACACCUCGUCCUGCAGUGGCCUCGCCAACAAGGUUUUCAGUUCUCCUGGCUCGGUCAGAGAGUCUCUGUAUUUGACCCCUGAUAUCCAGGAACAGGUCCUUGCUUUUUUGACGUCACUCGGGCCAGACGAAACCGUUCAGGCCAAGGCCUUGGGUAGAAAGCUCUGCCUUCCCAAGGGAAUUGUUAAUAAGGCUUUAUAUGCCCUUUUAAGGACAAACCAAGCAGUGAAACAAAGUGAGAUUCCUCCUCUGUGGAGACUCCGCAAGGAAGACGACGGUGAAUUCAUCAAAGAGAGAGACCAAACAAAGUUCUCAAAGAAUUUUGAGAAAAAGCCAGGUCAGAAGUUAUUCGUAAACCAAGAGGCUAGAGAGGAUCUCCCCAGCACCAGUGCUCCCUCUGCAUCACAGGUCCUUGUUGAGGCUGACAGCGAUUCCUCUGACCAAUCAGAGGACUCUGAAGGUGAAGAUACCUGUAAAACAUUGCUACCUGACCAGCAUCAAAAGUCUUUUUUACCUGCUGUCCAGUCUGUAACCUUGUCUACAAUGGCCGAUACUAAAGAUAGCAAAGAGAAGAUCCUACAGUACCUCUAUGAAGCAGGUACAGGCAAUGCGCUUGUGAUUGCCAAAAACCUUGGCCUGCGAAGUGCCAAGCAGGUUAACCCUACACUCUAUGCCAUGGAGAAGCAAGGCGAUGUAAAGCGUGACACCGACGUUACACCGCCUACUUGGUCGCUUAGUGCACACCGGCAGGAAAAGAUGGACCGCCAACGGAAAGCUGCUGCAACUGCAAAUCAGGAAGUUAACAGUGCAGAGAUGUUAAACUUUGCAGCUGAAGCGAUUACAAAUGUAAAUGAGGUAUUCGGGUUUUCAGGAGGUACCGCAGCUGAGCCGAUGGAUGCAGGUGAAAAUCCAUUGGAUGAGAUUUUAGGCAACAACACGUUUAGUAGCACAGAGGUUGACGUACCUGGCCUUGAGCCGAUACCACCCAAACCCAGUGAACCACCCAAACCCAGUGAACCUCCCACAUCCACCUUCCACUACUUCCAACCUCCUCAUCGGUUCUCGUACUAUCAGGAUACGGCCAGUAAUGGAGGAGAACGCUCACAGUGGGCAUCUGACGAUAUACCAGAAUUCUUGAACACGAUCCGCUCUGAGGUUGCUGUUUCGUUGGCUGCUCCCCCUCCCCCAACCCAAAGCCUGGAGACAAGCAGAUUACAGAAGCUGAAAGAGGCUCGCAGUAAGAACCCAGUUAGCGGACUGAUGGAGUUUGCUCAGCACUCUGGACACACUUGUGAGUUCCUACUUCUGGACCAGUCUGGACCUUCACAUGACCCAAGGUUUCGGAUGCAGGUCAUGUUGGAUGGUCGUAGGUUUCCAGCGGCUGAGGGUCCAAACAAAAAAGUGGCCAAAAAAGAUGCUGCAGCCAUAACCCUGAAGAUUCUUUGGAAGGAGACGGAAGGAGCAGAUGGUGACGAAGAGGAGGAACCGAGCAUUGAGGGAGCUGAGUCAACCACUGACCUGGCAGAUGAUAUGGUAGGUGGGACAGAUACUCCGCCCCAGGCUCUGUCUCGGUCUCUACCUGGAGGUAAGAACCCCGUUUCUGUCCUAAUGGAGCACAGUCAGCGUAGUGGGCAUCCCAUCCAGUUCAUCAAGACAGGACAGGAAGGACCACCCCAUGAUCCACGGUUUAUGUUCCGUGUAAAGGUUGGGGAGCGUCUCUUCCAAGAAGCCUCAGCACCCAGUAAGAAAGCAGCGAGGCAGCUGGCAGCGGAGGAGGCCGUGAAAGAGCUGAUGGGAGAUGGACUAUUACAUCUUAACAAGCCUCCAGGUACUUUCUGCCCUCUGGGAGACAAUGAGUCUCAGCCGGCGAUUCCCGCAUGCCCCUCGCUUCCCCCUCUGACUGCUGCAGAGCUCCAGGCGGCCCAUGAAGCAGGUGUGGGUGAUCUUAUCAACCACCUGAACAACAACGCUGUGUCCGGUCUGCUCGAGUACGCCCGUGCUCGAGGCUUCGCUGCCGAGAUCCGCCUGGUGGGCCAGUCCGGACCCUCGCACGAGCCCAAGUUUACAUACCAGGCUAAAUUGGGAGGGCGGUGGUUUCCUGCAGUUUGUGCUAGUAAUAAAAAGCAGGGGAAGCAGGAGGCAGCCGACGCUGCCCUUCGAGUGCUCAUUGGAGAAGCAGAGAAAGCAGCACGCACUGGAGAGCUCACACCGGAGCUGCCAGUGUCGGGCAGUACGAUGCAUGACCAGAUCGCCAUGCUAAGCCAUCAGCGCUUUAAUGCACUCACAGCACGCAUCCAGCACAGCCUUCUGGGUAGGAAGAUUCUGGCUACUAUCGUGAUGCGGAAAGGAUCAGAUACUCUUGGAACGGUUGUCAGCCUCGGGACAGGAAACCGCUGCGUGAAGGGAGAGGAGCUUAGUCUUCGAGGGGACACCGUUAAUGACUGCCACGCAGAAAUCAUCUCCAGGAGAGGCUUUAUCCGGUUUUUGUACGGCGAGCUGAUGAAGCAUUGGGAUAGCCCUAGUGAUGAGACCAUUUUUGAGGUGGCAGACGAUGGGAAGCUGAAGAUCAAAUCUGACAUCACCUUUCAUCUGUAUAUUAGCACUGCUCCAUGUGGCGAUGGCGCUCUGUUCGAUAAGUCAUGCAGCGAGGCCGCCGAAUUAAACGGCUCUCAGCACAUGCCUCUCUUUGAGAACGUAAAACAGGGCAAGCUCAGAACUAAGGUUGAGAACGGUGAAGGCACCAUCCCAGUGGAGUCUAGUGAUAUUGUGCCCACCUGGGAUGGCAUUCAGCAUGGUGAGCGCCUGAGGACCAUGAGUUGCAGUGACAAGAUCCUGCGCUGGAAUGUGCUCGGCCUGCAGGGGGCGCUCCUUACCCACUUCAUCCACCCCGUGUAUUUGAGCUCCAUCACUCUUGGAUAUCUCUACAGCCACGGUCACCUGACUCGAGCGGUAUGCUGCCGAUUGGCUAGAGACGGUGAUGUGUUCAAAAAGAGUUUACCAGCAAACUUUACUCUCAACCACCCUGAGGUGGGUAGGGUGAGUGUCUAUGACUCGACACGCCACACAAGCAAGACCAAAGAGUCCAGCGUCAACUGGAGUCAACCAGACCAGUUCACUGUGGAGGUGCUGGAUGGAACCAAGGGCAAAGUAGACAGUCCCAAGAUGGACGUAUCACGGGUUUCCAAGUCCAAUCUGUUCCGUCUCUUCCACGCUUUGUGCCAGCGUGCAGGCCGUGCCGAUCUGCUGGCACUACCGUCCUACGCCCACGCUAAGAUGGCCGCCACUUCAUUCCAGGAUGCCAAGAGGCUGUUCUUCCUGGCGCUGAACCAGCAUGGAUAUGGCGCCUGGAUCGGGAAGCCCUUGGAAGAGAAAAGUUUCGAGGGAGAAGCCAGAAGCUCUGAGCUAGGGGGAGCAUGCGGGGACGCACAGGCUCUGGGCCCUCCGGGUUGCGCUGUUGACCCCAUUAGCUGCUUGGGCUCAGACAACAACAACUUUAACUCUCCAGCACAGGGUUUUUAGGGAUAGAGAGAGAUGAAGAGAGAACAGAUGAAGGGGUGGAAGGCGUGGAAGAGUGGCCAGCAGCAAGAGAGAAAGAAUUGAGGAGGUUUGUCUUGUAGAGAGAAAGGAACAAGGGAAGUCUGUGGCUUUGGGAUUUGAACUUUAACCAUCAUGACAAAGCAGAAACGGAUGCUGCCAUGGCAACAGAGCUAUAAACCCGAGGCAAAUUGGACUUGAUGAGACAUGAAGUAGAAUUAUUUUUUUUUUUAUAGAAAGCUGUAGGGUUGCGUUUGUUUUAGUGGGUUUCCCCUCUGUCAUUUUUCCCAUUUGCUACCAUUACAAUACUGUUACGUGAAUGCGUGGCCACUUUGCUGUAGGUUUAUUCUGUUUCUCACUUUCUCAUAUAGCCUGUUUGAUUCAUAUGGUAUUUUUAGGUAUUUCUCACUCAAUAAAAAGACUAAUGACCCCUGAUGCUAGUCAGGUCACGUAUUUAGCGACAUUCAGUUGGAUUGCAAUGGGAUUUGUGACUUUAAGUGUUUUAAGGAGUUCGUUCAAAAUUAAAAUUCUCAUCAUUUAUUCACCUUCAUGUUGUUCCGAACCUGCAUGAUUUUUUUUUUUUCUUCUGUGGAGCAUAAAGAUAUUUUAAGAAAUGUUAUUGACGGUACAGACAUUAUUUGAAAUAACAUCUUUUGUGCUCUUCAGAUAUGAAGAAAUGCAUACAGGUUUAGAAUAAUGUGAGGGAUAAUAAAUGAUGAUACAUUUUAUGUUUUUGAGUGAUCUGUCACUUUAAGUCAAUCAUAUACUAAUGUCAUUUACCCAGGUUUUUAAUUCCUGUCAUUUCUCUAUUAAUUUCUGCUUGGAUUAAACUUUUGUAUUUGCAUAGAUUCAUAUUAUUAUUAUUAUUAUUAUUAUUAUUAUUAUUAUUAUUAUUUUGCAUUAUGUAAAGUUCCACAUACCAAACCUGGUCUAGACUGCUUGAAAUGUAUACAUAAUGUACAUACAGAUACAUAUGCACACAGAUGUAUAUAUAAGGUCUGUUUAACGAGUUUAUAUAUAUGCGUGUGUGUUUAUGUAUGUGUAUAUAUUGUAUGUAUAUAUUUUGUAAUGAUUCGUACCUUUGAAAUCACAUUAUUUUCUAUCUUUUAAUUUUUAGGAUGUCUUUUUAUAUGAGGUGUGUAUGUUCUGUUUUCUCUAUUGUUUAUGUGUGGUGUUUGGGAGGCUCAUGGUAGAUGUUGCAUGCAGCCAAACAGUCUACAUUCUGAUAGCUAUAGCAGGCGGAUGAACAGCACAAACCAAUCAUAUGCAUAUUUGUAUGUGGAUUUGAACUGUUUCUUGGAAUAUUAUUUGCCCUGCUUGUGUUUAAUGUGUUCAGACACUGUUAAUUGAUGCAUUGCUAAAAGCAAUACUAACAUUCUUUCCUUUCAGCAAAUGUGAAUCUGUAUGCCUCGAGCAUUUGUCAUCGAAUCACUGAAGCCUACUCAAACAUUCUUUUAACAUAAGUUCUGUUCUAUUAAAAGUAAAGAAUAUUUUCUUUC